CUUCAAGGAUGGACUGUGCACUGCUGCUGCUGUCCCUGUGGGCUCUGACUGGAAGCGUGUCCCUGCAGGCUUCAGGGUCGUGUCCGGAGAGACUUCUGGGAGAAGAGAGGAGGAGGACGUGUCCUCGGCCCUGCAAAGCUGACCGAGACUGUGCCAACAAACGCCAGUGUCUGUGUGAUGGCCAGUGUGGUCUCAGCUGUGUGGCUCCAGGUCGAACUUGUCCCUGGCCUCUACCCGCCAGUGAAAACUCGGCGGCUCGCCUCCUCUCUCCCACUCACUCCUUUUCUGCCCUGCUUGAAGUGCGCUGCAAGCCGGGAUUCACGUUGCCCAGUGGCUUGGAUGUCACUAUUCGCCGUUGUCAAGGUGACCGACAGUGGAGUGGGGAUGAGCCCAUCUGUACAGAAGCUCAGUCACCCGAACCUGCAGCUGCCCAAACCUGCCCUCUGCCUGAGGAAGUCAUCAACACCUUCAGCAUCCAGGGCGACGCCACAGUAGGAACUUCCAUCCGCUACAGCUGCCUGUCUGGGGCGGACAUAGUGGGGAGCAGUGAAAAUUUCUGCCAGGAUAAUCAGACCUGGCAGUAUCCUCACCCCAUCUGUAAAAAAGUAUACUGCCGGUCUCCUCCAGAGGUGGAGCAGGGCUAUGUGGUGGCUGUCCAGAAGACUGAAUAUGAAGUUGGUUUUGACAUCCACUAUCUCUGCAAAAAGAACUUCCUGCUGGACGGACCCCAGAAGGUCACCUGCCUGUCGAACGGCAGCUGGAGCGCCUCGCCUCCAUACUGUAGAGCCCGCUGUCUCAUCCCUGCUGAGCGAAGCCGCGUGCUGAUUGGUGGAGAGAAGCGCUGGCCGUUUGACGUAACAGAUGCCGUGGUUCCUCACGGGGAAACUGUGACGUUCUUCUGCAAGCACCCUCGCAAACAGUGCAGGUUCCCUGCAACCCAGACCUGCUUCGAUGGGAAGCUGCAGCCACCAGCCUGCUACCUCGAGCCCACGUGGUUGCAGUACAAGAUCUUCCCUCACCGGCUGGUCUCAGAGAUCGACGCCUGUGAGCCCGGCGAUGUGGAGUGAUGACCCGGGCGCCUGACCCCGACCCAUCCGACACUCAUCAAACCGCCCCAGCUGCAAUCACCCAGAGCAGUCCGCUCUGCAGCUUCGCUUCGACUGCCUAGCCUAUGAUUAUGGUCUGUUAGACGCUGAAAUAUUUCCCCCAGCUCAUGUGGAUCAGCAGGCUAAGCUGUCCAUCCUGCGCACACACGGCCUCUGCCACUCACUCCUGCAUCCUAUCAGAACUGCAGGCGUGAUUAUAAUCUGCAAACCCUCCAAGCGUUACUCUGACCCUCCUCCAGCUUGAGCCACUGCAUACUGUAGAUGCAACCCAUAGGCCCUCACGGUGAUGUACAUAUACUGUAUUAACACAUGCUAUAUGCGUUAUGCCUGUGAUGAUACCCAACUCAUACUGACUCUGUGAUAUCUCACUGUGUGAUCUUUCUCUCCGCCGCUGAGCGUGACGCAUCAGGUCUUGAGGCUUGUAAGUGUUCAUUUGGAAUAAAAGUGAUG